CGUCGGAUUUCUCUCUCUAUAAUUUUAUUUCCUGAACGAACGAAUUACGGUACGCAGGUUAGGUCCGGAAUCCUGAUCGAUAUCCGAAUUUAGCAAGACCUGCUGGAUAAGCUCGAACGGAGUUUCGAUCCCACAGGGGCCAAUAAUAUGGGGAAAUAAGCAGAGAAGGAAUCUCGAAGGUCAGAAACCCUCGAAGAGAUCUCUCUAUCCGCAUCGAUGACCUAAAUGCAUACAUUUCCUGAGUAGAACAUGUCCCAAUACCAAGGGGACGAUAGCGACAACAUGGCAGAAGAUUACGAAAUGGCAGAUGUUGACGAUGACAUGGAUCAAGAGUUUCGUGGUAGAGGAGUGGGUGACUCAGACUCAGACGAUGAUGAAUAUGAGCACUUGAACAACAAGAUAACUGAUACUUCAUCUGCACAAGCUAGGAGAGGAAAAGAUAUCCAAGGAAUCCCUUGGGAGAGGUUAAAUAUUACCAGGGAGAAGUACAGACAGACCAGAUUAGAGCAGUACAAGAACUAUGAAAACAUUCCUCAAUCUGGAGAGGGUUCACUCAAGGAAUGCAAACACACAAAGAAAGGGGGCAUGUAUUAUGAGUUCCGUUGCAAUACAAGAUCUGUGAAGUCAACAAUCCUUCAUUUCCAGCUCAGGAAUUUGGUUUGGGCAACGUCAAAGCAUGACGUCUACCUCAUGUCACACUACUCUGUCAUUCAUUGGUCUUCACUAACUUGCAACAAAACUGAAAUUCUCAACCUUUCUGGACAUGUUGCACCAUGUGAGAAACAUCCUGGGAGUCUGCUAGAAGGAUUUACUCAGACCCAAGUUAGUACAUUGGCUGUAAAGGAUAAAUUGGUAGUUGCUGGAGGGUUUCAGGGAGAACUUAUUUGCAAGUAUUUAGAUCGACCUGGAGUUAGCUUCUGUUCAAGAACAACAUAUGAUGAUAAUGCAAUCACAAAUGCUGUUGAGAUAUACGAGAGUUCGAGUGGUGCCAUUCACUUCAUGGCUUCAAAUAAUGAUUGUGGAAUUAGGGACUUUGAUUUGGAGAAAUUUCAGCUUUCUAAGCACUUCCGCUUCCCUUGGCCAGUUAAUCAUACAUCUCUGAGUCCUGAUGGUAAGCUUUUUGUCAUUGUUGGCGACAACCCUGAUGGAAUGCUAGUGGAUUCCCAAACUGGAAAGACAGUCAUGCCUCUGUGUGGGCACUUGGAUUUCUCAUUUGCUACAGCUUGGCACCCUGAUGGCCGUACGUUUGCCACUGGAAACCAGGACAAGACUUGCCGGAUCUGGGAUGCCCGCAACCUCUCCAAGUCAGUGGCUGUCCUCAAGGGCAACCUUGGAGCAAUUCGGUCGAUCCGCUUCACUGCUGAUGGUCAAUUCAUGGCAAUGGCUGAGCCUGCAGACUUUGUACACGUAUUUGAUGUGAAGAAUGGGUAUGAGAAGGAGCAGGAGAUUGAUUUCUUUGGUGAGAUCUCUGGUGUAUCAUUCAGUCCUGAUACAGAGUCCCUCUUCAUUGGUGUGUGGGACCGCACGUAUGGUAGCCUUCUUCAGUAUGGCCGGCGGAGGAAAUAUUCGUACCUCGACUCCCUUAUCUGAGUUAUGGGUAUGGCUUUGGCUUGAUGUGUCUCAGAUAUCACAAGUGACCAGGAGAAAAUGGUCAAGU